GUACUAAAACACCUAAGCUUUCUUUUUCUCUGUGGACCAAAUACUGUGAUCUUGUGAAGCAUUCUAGAAUCCUACUAAAACAUAAGUCACCGGAGUGUUUUUUCCUGAAAGAAAAAGAUGCGAAGUGGAAAGAUGUGGAGAAAAAAUGAAUAUCUUGACUAUUUACUUUGACUCCCAUCCAAGACGGCAAAGACUUAACGUGAUACACAAAGUCCAUGUAGCAAAAGACAUUGACUUUCUUUUUUCUAAGGUAACAUAACAUGAUGGACCCUCUUCCCCUUCUUUAACAACUUACAAAAUCACCAACACCCUUAGCUUCUCCUUUCAUUCAGUCACCUUACAAACCAUGAAGCCUCGUCACAGAGAAGAAUAUGCAGAAGACAACGAAGACGAAGGCGACACAGAAUUCAGUUUCUGGAACCCAUCAAACACCAUGUCCUCUUACAUGAGCGAUAGCAAAAACAUGAUGAAAGUUGUUGAGUGCUCUCCAUUUCUUCCUCGCAGCCGGCGUUGUAGCCGCAUCAUGGACCCUUCAAAGAUCAAAGCUAUUGAAGAAGGAAGGAAGGAGCUUAUGGAGAUGGUUCAAGGCAUGCCGGAUUCUAGCUUCGAACUCUCGUUCCAGGACAUGGUUGUGCAUGAUAAGCAGGUGUUGCAAUCAGAGCCGUAUCAAGAUGAAGAGAAUAAACACAAGCAAGUUCGCAGUAGUAGUAGCAGCAGCAGCAAUAGCAGUGGUAAAGCCCAAGCAAAGAAGCCGAAAAAAGCGAAAAAAAGCGAAAGCAUUAAUAGGCCAAAGCAGAUGAUGAGGGUUGAGAGCAUGGACAGUGCUUCCUUCCUCCUUAAGCUCUUCAUUCCAAUUUCUCUUAAGAAGCCCAAAGUUCAGAAUGGCUCCAAGAAUUGGAGUGUUAAAAGUAGUAGUAGCAGCAGUGGUGGAUCCGGAGACAAAAGCAGGUAUUUUGAUCGCAACUUAUCAUUCUCACAAGGUUGCUUGCCAUUCAGUCAUUAUAUUAAAGGCAUAAAAAAGAAAGUGGGAGGAUGAAUCACAAAGACACAAACCAUAGAACAU